UGUUUACAUGGAUUCUUAUUUUAUCAGCGGUUUCAAAAGGUGAUGAAGAUGUAGAUAAUUUACGUCAGGUAAGUACAAACCUCGUAAUCAGUGUAAAAACGGUGACAUUAUCUGUCAGUUUCAAUGUCAUUUUCACAAUCCGCUGCUAUAGCAUAGGUGGAAUAUCGCAAGCUACAUUUUUGUUUCGGACGGAGAGUUUCCCAUUGAUUUUUGGGGAAAAUAUCCUGACUGAAGCAUCCGCCGCUGGAUCUAUGCAGCAUUGUGCUCGUACCACCUACCGGCUAUUGUCAACCAUGUACAAGAACUCUGGAACCAAUCUGGCCUCACUCAGUACAACUGAGAUCAAAGAAUGGAUCAACUCCUUCGAUACGAUUUUGACCGAUUGUGAUGGCGUUAUCUGGGUUGACAACGACACGCUUCCGCAUGCCACUGAUGUUAUCAAUAAGCUCAUCGAGAAUGGGAAGCAGUUAUUUUUCGUAACUAACAAUUCGACUAAGACUCGUCCCGAAUUUGUGGCCAAAUCGGUGAAACUGGGUUUCAAUGUUGGCGUUGACAAUAUUAUCUCUACCGCCUAUCUAGCUGCCCAAUAUUUGAAAAACAUAGGAUUCAGUAAAAAAGUGUACGUGGUCGGUUCCACCGGUAUCACCCGAGAACUCGAUGCCGUCGGUAUCCAGCACACCGGCAUAGGUCCGGAUGUCCUCGGAGGCAGCCUUGCCGAUGCCGUGCAUAACUUCACUCCGGAUCCGGAAGUGGGAGCCGUCAUCGUCGGAUUCGAUGAGCAUUUCAAUUUCAUCAAGAUGAUGAAAGCGGCCUCCUAUCUGGACAAGCCGGACGUGAUCUUUAUCGGAACUAACACGGACGAACGGUUUCCGAUGCCGGAUUGUGUAAUUCCCGGAACGGGAAGUAUAGUGAACGCGGUGACGACCUGUGCCGAGCGGAAGCCAACGGUCAUGGGCAAACCGAACAAACACAUUUGUGAUAUUCUGCAGAAGGAGUACAAGGUGGACCCGAGUCGGACGCUCAUGAUCGGCGACCGACUCAAUACGGACAUCCUGUUGGGGAAAAACUGCGGCUUCCAGACACUACUGGUUGAGACGGGAAUCCACAAGGCGGCAGAUUUCUCGCAGACGGAAGAUGCCGAAAUAAAGCAGUGUGUACCGGAUGUGUAUACCAGUAAACUAGGAGAUCUACUACCGUAUCUGUGAAUGGGUUGAAUGAUAAAAUCAUACAACGUUAAAUUGAUUUAGAAGCAAGUGAUUGUGAGUUAUUUAAACGAUUGUUGCUGAUAGGCAAAUGGUAAUAAAACAGUUACAUAUGUUGGAAUUUG